GUGAUCCAGCGACAUCUCUGGGUCCGGGCGGUUGCUGUUGCUGCUGCUGUUGCAGGGGGAGGGGAAAGAGCCGGAGCGAGCCCUGCUUCUGUCGCUGCUGGAGGAGCGACCAGCAGCGAGUGAGGAGCAGGAGGGAGAAGAAAAAGGAGCUUGCAACUUGCACACCGGGCGUCGCCUUGCAACUGCUCGCUUGAGGCAGCCAAGGUGUGCAAGGAGCCGGUGGGAGCAAAGAAAAACAAAACACACACACUUUUUUUUUUCAAAAAAAAAGCAAACAAGCAACAGAAAGGCUACAAAGAAACUCAAGCGAAACAAUAAACCCCCACCAUGGUCCAGCAAGCGGAAAGUCCAGAAACAGAGAGCAACCUGCCCAGAGAAGCGAUGGAUACCGAGGAAGGAGAGUUUAUGGCUUGCAGCCCAGUAGCACUGGAUGAGAGCGAUCCGGACUGGUGCAAAACGGCUUCUGGCCACAUCAAAAGGCCGAUGAACGCGUUCAUGGUGUGGUCUAAGAUCGAGCGGAGAAAAAUCAUGGAGCAGUCCCCGGACAUGCACAACGCGGAGAUCUCCAAGCGCCUGGGCAAACGGUGGAAAAUGCUAAAAGACAACGAGAAGAUCCCUUUCAUCCGGGAGGCUGAGAGGCUGCGCCUGAAACACAUGGCCGAUUACCCCGAUUACAAAUACAGGCCGAGGAAAAAGCCCAAAAUAGACCCAUCAGCCAAGCCCAGUGCCAACCACAGCCCGGAGAAAAACACACCCACCAGUAACAACGGCGGCGGCAGCAGCGGAGGCGGCGGCAGCAGCAAGAGUGCGAAAAGCUCCAGUAAGAAAUGUAGCAAAGGGAAAUCUUCCUCCUCGUCUCCCCCCAAGUCCGGCACAAAACUGGCCCCCCACCCGGGAGACUACGGGGGAGAGGAUUACCACCAGUUCGGGGCGCUGAAAGUGAGCAGCAAAACCGCCAAGUGCGUCUUCAUGGACGACGAGGAGGAGGAGGACGAAGACGACGACGAUCUGCCACUGAGGAUCAAGCAGGAGGAGGACGAGGAGGAGGAGGAGGACGAGAACCACGCGCGGCGGCGGCAGCAGCAGCAGCAGCAGCAACAGCAGCUGAGGCGGUACAACGUAGCCAAAGUCCCGGCCAGUCCCACCUUGAGCUCCUCGGCGGAGUCCACCGAAGGGGCGAGCCUGUACGAAGAGGUGAGGGGCGGCGCUGCCUCGCACGGCGCCAACGCCAGCAGACUCUACUACGGCUUCAAGAGCAUGCCCAAGAGCGCCCAGCAGCCCAGCCUGCCCCCGGCUUCCUCCCGGUCCAUCUCCACCUCCUCCUCCUCCUCUUCCAGCAGCAGUAGCAGCAGCAGUAGCGGCGAAGAGGCGGACGACUUGAUGUUUGAUUUGAGCUUGAAUUUCUCCCAGCACACUCACGCCGCCUCGGAGCUGGGCGUCAGCUCAGCUUCAGGGAACCUGUCCCUUUCCCUCGUGGACAAGGAUUUGGAUUCGUUCAGCGAGGGCAGCUUGGGCUCUCACUUCGAAUUCCCCGAUUACUGCACCCCGGAGCUGAGUGAGAUGAUCGCAGGCGACUGGCUGGAGGCGAACUUUUCCGACUUGGUUUUCACCUACUGAGAGGAAGAGAAGGAAAGCAGAGGGGGAAAGAGAAGAGGAAGAAGGAGAAAGCAACGGGCAAGCGAACAAGCUGAGAGAGAUCAAAAGGACUGUGAAAAAAAGAAAAAAAGAAAAAAAUCGGUAAAGGAAAGAUGAUGCGAGUGAUAUACGCUUAAAAGUGGUGGAGUUUUGAAGUGAAGUCAUGAUUUAAAAAUGUCUUUGGAUUUUUCUUUCUUUUUUAAGUCUUGAAGUUAGUUCCAAACCGAGUCUGGAGUUGUGAUUUUGUUUUUCCUUCUGAUUUUUUUUUUUAAUUGGUGAUCACAACAGCAGCAGCAGCAAGGAGAAAAGGCAAACGGGACUGGGGGUUAAAAGAUAACAGAAGGCGCUGUUUGAAGCUUGUCGGUCUUGUGGUUGAAGUCUGGAAGAUGGUCUGCAAAAAAAAAGAAAAAGUCUUUUGGCAGCACAACUAUUACUCAAGGGGGUUUGUGGAUUUUUGUUUCUCCUUCAAAGAUUUGAAAGGACCGUUCUGAUUUUUCUGAUAUAUUUCUUUCUUUUUGUAAAAGGGACCACUGCAACUGUUUUUGUUUGUUUGGAGGGAGAAAACUGAUGUCUUCUAUGCAUCCGAUUCUUAACAAAGCUGCAGGGAGCUUGAAAAAAAAUGCAGACUGUACAAACGCUUACAAAAAACAAAAACUGUGAACUGACUUAAGAUCAGAGUUUACUUUUCAGAUCAAAUUGUUUAUGGUUUUACAAAUGUGAUUUCUACUUGCCAACUUUUUUUUUGUAACUUGUUCCCUUAUACCUCCUUGAUUGAAUACCAGACAGCCUAGACCUCAGUACACAAAGGUAUUGAAACAUUUUUGAUACAUAACAGACCUCAGUCUUUUUUAAAAAUUAAUAUAUUUUCAGGCGUAUUUUUGUACAGUGAAAGGGAACAUUCUUGCUGUGUUUUUUCAGUAAGACUUUUCAGGCACUUCUUCCCUUUUAUUUUUGUUUUUUAUUUUUUUUCCUUUGUUUUUAGCAUGCAAGUUAUAUGGGUACGUUUAUGUCCUGGUUUUAAAAGGAUUAAAAAAAUCCUUGCAUCUAAAGGCCUUGUGGUUUAAAAAGAAAAAAAAAGAAACACUUUUUUGUACAGCUAUAGUUCAGAUUUGUCCAAUAUUUGUAGGUAAAGAUUUAUUGAAAAUGGUGAUAUAGACCUCAGAGCUGUUAUCUUAGUUUAAAAGAUUGUAUAUGUACUGUACUAUAGUAGGAAUUUAUGUAUCUCAUACGCUGUGAUAUGUGGAUGGGGGCCCAGAUGGAAGGUAUGAAACUGGAUUCUCGACUCUUUUUUUUAGCAAAAAAAAAUACAAUGGGGAAAAGAAAGGCACAUAUUAAAAGAAAAGUUUCUCAUUUUGUGCAAUAUAAUUCUUAAAAGUACAGACCAUCUGCGUAUUUUGUAGCAAACAAUGGCAAAAAAACAGACUUGUGCACUGUCAACAUUAUUGCCUGUUUUUUUUAAAAAAAAUGCUGAAAGUCUGUAUCUUGACAAUUUUAAUAAAUCAGCUGGAACUGAUAGAAACUCGAUUCGCUAUUAGUGUCUAUAGAAGUGACGCUGGUGGAGAUGCCAUGUAUCCAAACCAUCCCUCACCCAUGGAGGAGCCUUAGCUAAGACUUUGUGGAGAGCGGGAAGCGAGGAGAAAAGGGGGAGGCUGAAGGUAGCAUAGACUUUAAAGGGCUGAUCCUGUUCUUUCACACCUCUUUCCUUUCUUUCCCCUUCCAAUAUGCUCUCCCUUCCCUCCUCCCUCUCUCUCUCCCUCACCCCUCAAUUUUUCCUCCUUCAGCUUAGCUGAAGGAGCUGGGAGGGUGGGGGUGAUGCAGGAAGGCUAACCCCGAAAAAGGCAAUUGGGGGAAGCCAUUGAGGUUUUGAUUCAGUGCGUGUUUUCGGUGCUGUGUGUUCUUCUGUCUGAGAGGCAGCAGGUACCAAGCUGAGCAAGGAUGCUCGCCGUUGGAACUGGGAGGGUUUAUAGCAAUGAAGGGAUUGUGUGGCAGCUUCGGCUAGGGACGGGGGAGCUUCAGGUAGCCGUGCCGUCAUGGGGGUGGGUCACCUUCAGGCUCGCUACGUGUGUGUGAGAGAGAGCGCGAGAGCGAGAGCGGCUGAGGCGAGAGGUUUAUUAUCCAAACAUUUCUCAGUCUUCAGGGCUUGGUUUCUUUCUUUUCCUUUUCCUGAGUAGCUAUCUUUUCACACCCACCCACCUCUGGCCCCCAACAACCCUUCCCUUGGAAAAGGAUGGCUUUAUCUCCAGGGGCGCCUUUUUCUCGCCCCCUCCCUCCUUUCUGUGUGUGGGGAGGUGGGGAUGUUGUGGCGGUCUCCUUGGCCGUGCGAGGGUGUCUCUCCUGCCUGGGGGCUUCGCUCGCCACCAGGCUCGGUCUGUGCGAAGGGGUGUGUGUCUUGACCAUGCGUGGCGGGCUCUGGGUUGGCUCGCAACGCCGUUGCUUUGCUGCC